CGUGUUAACCUGGCUGUUAGUCGUGUCCUGUGUCGUUUCAUAUUUCAUCCUGCAGGUGGCGCUGUCAGCGCCUACACAAGAGUAGAGUUGUCCAACAUGUAGUACCUUGAUAUUUGGAGUUAAAAGCCUUUGCUGUGCUUUAAAAUGAAGUGUAGUUGUGAAAAAAAUUCUACGUCUGCAAAGGAGGAUCAUCGUUCCCACGUGGACAUGCGGAGGUACCGGUGGCCAGGAUACGAGACGCAGCUCCUUAAAGAACUGCAGAGACAACAGAACGCCACCCAGUUCUGUGACACGCUCUUACAAACGGAGGGUAUCUCCGUUCCGGCCCAUAGUUGCGUCCUCGCGGCUCUCAGCCCGUACCUGUCCCGGAAACUGUCCGCCUCGCCGUCGCCCGCGCCGGGACAGAAACGUCUGCUGCAGCUGCAGCCUGUGAAGGCCGGGACGCUGCUGAAGCUGGUUGGUCUGCUGUACUCUGGGAGCCUGCAGGUGGACGGGGACGAGGAGCAAAGGGAUGUGCUGGCUGUGGCCCACGUCUUCGGCAUCAAAGAGCUCGCGGGAGGAGGCGAAGGUGGGACGAUGGAGGAAGAGUUCCGGGAGAAGAUGCGGCUCCUCGGGAGCUUCAGAGAGAACAGCAGUCGCGCAGGAGGCGAAAGCAGGAAGAUGCAGGACGCAGAGGUUCAGGUUGAGAUGGCAGGAAGUGGAGAUGUGGAUUCUCCAAAUUGUAUGGCGACAGGCCAUUGUUUCACUUCAGGCUGUGCUCCAUCUGUAUUUCACCGCGUGGAGGUUCCGAGCGUGUCGCGACCCCAAAGCAUCACGACGGAUGAGGAGUUUGGCUUCAGUUCUGGUCCAAUCGCUCCUAUCGUGACCUACCGAGCACUGAAUGAUGCGACGGCCACAUCAGGCCGACCCACAACUUCAGCUUCGCCCAGCAACACAAUGACCUUCGCACAUUCCCGCGGUGACGACACAAACCCCACUGAAGAACAAACACAGCAACGCUCCGAGGAGCAUUGUGAAAGCCUGCAAGAAAAGGAGGAGAACACAGGACUGGAAGGAAAAAGAAUUGGACCAACGCUUGACAGCAGAGAAGCUACAGACGGGCCACGUCGAGCCAAGAACGUGGAAAGUGGAAAUUCUACAGAAAAGAGGAAUCCACGUUCGAAUGUAGGAAAGAACCUGGCCAAUAUGAAACAAAUGCAGAUGUUAGAGACCACCCAGAUUUCCAUUAAGGUGAAGCUUAGGAGGAGGACUAAAGGAGAAGUCUGGGAGGUGGUAAGCCAGCAGGAUGCAGAGGAGACCUUGACAGUUCUGGCCUCCCACAAAAAGGAUGGGUUCAACCGCAAAAGGCUGCAGAAGAACCUGCCGCCCUGCAUUGUGGAGCCAGAUAUUCUGAAUCUACCCCCUCACCCAAACACUUGUUGUGGCUGCCAGACACCUUCUUGUGACUUCAACCUAAAUCAAAAAGAUGAUCUUGCUUCAACGUCAUGUGCCCAGCAUCAGGAGUCUGAUGAGCAGAUAGAAAAACUACUGGAGGACAUAAUGAUGGGCCUCAACAUCCUGCCCAACGUGGAGAAGGAGGUCAGGAAGUCUCACGACCCUGAACAGGGCCUUGUCGGAGCGCUGACCUCGGGUCAGGUCCCUGCGACACUGAACAUGCCAGAAUGCGGCCAAGUGCGUCCUGCUGUCAGUGUGCCAGGCUGCACCUUUUGCCAGGAUCUGGGGACAAGCAGUUGCCAUUCAGUAUCAGCAACGGGUACGAAACCAUCUUUGGAAACUCCGAAGCCGCCUGACAGCAGCCUAUCAGUGAUACAGCUGGACAGCGUACAGCAGCUGCAGUGCAUUGCAGACGGGACAUGUUGUGAGAGCGCGUCACUGUCCAAGAGUCAAGAAUGUCUUCAUGAAGAAUCCAGAACAAAAUCAGUCACACAUCAGGAAGCACCUGGACAAGACACUGAGCACAUCCAACAUGUAGAUCAUGCCCAUGCCAGCAACAGGCCUCUCUACAUGAGCGACCGUGGCUCACAGAAAACCCUGGAUGCCUACGGCUUCCUCCUGGUGCCAUCACUCGCAUGAAAAAGCGAGAGCCUUGCACUAUGAAGCACUUGGAAAAGAGAGGAACAAUAUCUGGAUGGCAACAAGAUGGAGCAGAACCAAACUCAGAGCCCAGGAAGAUAGUGGAGAGUUUAAGGUGUAAACAGGCCGGCACAUCAGGAGAACCUGUA